GUGCCAUAACCAUCGGCUGUCAAAAAAACUGCAGUGGUUGUAUAUUAGUAACCAACACGCCUUAAGUGUUUUUUUUCCUUUAAUUAAAAAAUAUACAUCCUUUAAAUUGUCGGUAUUUGAUAGAAUCCAUAACGAAGUGAAUGUUACGUUCAAUUAUAAAAAUCGCGUACCAGAGACAAAAAUUUUUGGUACGAUGCUACGCACGACGAGUCCGGAACCCGGGAGUGGAUCGUCGGAUGGCCCUGCUGAACAAUGAACAUGUACAGACGAGCGUUGAAGACUUGGAUCAAUUGGAUGACGCUGAUUUUAGCCAGGUUCACAAGUCCCACAGGCAGUACGAGCAGGAUACCCAACAAUACAGGGAACGGCUGCAGUCGUGGAUCGUGGGAAACAAAUACUUUAAAACAAAACAGCUCAAUUUUUUAACCUGGUCAGAGAAGGAACAGAUUCGCUAUCUGCAUAAUUUCGAUUCGGAAGAGUGGAGUGUAGACAAACUGGUUGGAAGCUUUCCCGCGGAUCGAUACACUAUUGUGAAAAUCCUUAAAGCUAAAUGGACCCCACGGGAUACUAAUCGAAUUGAGCGACACGACGAAGCUGUCCGGGAAAACUGGGAAAUGUUCAAAUCUGGUAGAAUUAAGAACAUUGACGAUGGAUUUGCGGCACAUCUGAAUCAAUUUGUUCAUCGAAACUUUCAGGAAGUUCAGAAACCUUUGUUUGAAACGACACGUUUGUAUGACAUUCAGUCCCUUCUGACAGACGGGGAAUUUUGUCAAAUAAUUACCAGUUGCAAAAAAUACGCCGAACCAAAGCAAAUCAGCGAUAGCGAGCAGGAUCUAAAAUCAACUCCAAGCAUACCUUUCAAAGCUCCCCGAAAAGACACGUUUUUGAUUGGAGAAGUGUCUGAUCGAGACCCGAAGACACUCGGCGAAAUGAAGGAAGAAUUUGGUAAGCCCAGUGAAAUAAAAGGUCAAUCUAUGCUCGAUGAGAUAUCGGACAAUGUUCGCUUCUGGAAAGUGAAACGAUACGAAUCGGAACUGAUUUCGGUUGACGCAGAUCAGUCGCCGGAAUCCAAACCAGACAUACGCGAGUUCAUAAAAAUACCGAAAAAGUUGUACAAGCAGGGAGCAACGUAUCAGUUGGACGAUUGUUUCUACGACGAUGACGGUGAGUUCCUAUACAGAGUGCCUGGAAUGACGGGAAAAGUAAAUCGUUGACCAAAUGUAGGCAGCAGAAGAUUUGUGUGAUUUUAAUGGUUUUUAGGAUAAUACAAUGGUUACUCAUGAU